AUGUCAAACCUUGUAACACAGUCCACUCGUAUUCAAGAGCUGGACAUGUUUUCUCGGUGUGUCGAGGGCAAUUUUUCAAAGCUACGGGCCUGCUACAGACCACUAGUGGACCUGGGUUGGGUCGAAUUCACCCUUCGUCCAGCACGUCCCCCUCCGGCAUUUCUCCAUUCGGCCGUACGCGCCUUGGCUGCUCUGCAUCUCGGUCAGACGGAGCACAAGCGGCUUAUCACCGAGAGUAUAAAUAUGUAUAACGAUGCUUUGGCCUCCAUGAGAAGGGCAGUAAGCUGUCUCCCAAUGUCGGAUGAAAUCCUUGCGGGGGGAAUCUUGCUUGCGCUCUACGAGAUGAAAAUAUCUCAAGGCUCCUGGGCUUCUCUCACAAACUGCAUUGCCAAUAUAAUGCAGUCGCCCAGUGUCCCCGCCGCAACAUAUAUAUCGGGGUUUAGCCGAACACUGCUUCUCACAUUCAGGCCCUUUCUCAUCCGUGCAUCGCUUUCUCUUGGUCAAGCAUGCUUCCUGGAAAGAGAUGAAUGGAUAUCAGUGGCUCAGUCCAUACGAAGUUCCGAAAACCCUAGCGUCUUCCGGGAGGCAAAUGAAAAUGCGUUCAUUGAGGUUGUGAAAGUUCCUGGUCUGGCCGCCCGGACAUACUCACUGUAUCUUAGGCCGGAAGACAUAGGGCUAAUGGACGGGACGAUUCGCUGCCAAGAUAGACUAAGGGAUAUUGAAAGUGAAAUCAGAAAUAUUCUAAGUGUGCUACACGGUUCGAAACCUGAUGCACGUACCAUGAAGCAUUACCUUGGGUCUAUUCCAUUCCAGUCUGCGAAUAAUAUUGUCCAGCGUGCCCUUGAUGGGAUACAAUCCACUCUCACCCUUUUGGAAAAUUUACUACAACACCAGUUGGCUUGUCGCGUUGCAAGACAGCCAUACACAGGUAUUGCCCCCUCCCGUGGGGUCGUUAUAACCCCAACUUAUGGCACGAUCGAAGCGUUCUAUAUUGAGUUGCAGGCGACCUAUGAUGUGCUACCGGACGUGGGGUGGCUAGACGUCUGCGCUCUAUCUAUGGGAGUGGUACCGAUCCGGGAUGUAUCAGUCUUCCCAUGGAAGUAUCAAGUAUGUGGAAGAACAAAUGAUACGACGGUGAUGAUUGGUGACAAUGCACAGGUGGAGUAA